UUAUGAUUGUGUAACGCAAUAGACGAGUAGUCGCCCACACUGCAAUCUAUUUAGGAGUGAUGUGAAUUAUAUUCUUAUUUUAGAAAUAAUUAUUAACAGAAUAGUUCAAUAACAUGAAAAUUAACUGGAUUUUAAACAGGAUGUAACAGUGCUUGUACAUGAUGAAGAAGUGUUCCAACCCGGUGUGUGGGUUGGAGGGGGAGUGGAAGUUGUGUCAAGAAUGUGGAGACAAAAUGAUUGAUCCUCCUACGAAACCUAUCUUGUCAUCAAUCGUCAUCAUUUGUGAUGGAGAGGAUGAAAGCGGCUCUCCUUGUGGGGAGGAACUGAAAUCAACACAGAAGUUCUGCAGCAGUUGUGGAAAACAGGUUGAUAUCAAGUUGUUUGAAGUCCAAACACCUGAUAUAGAGAGAUGUGGGGGCUGUGGAGCUGUGUGUACACCAGGCAAAAAAUUCUGCCCUGAGUGUGGAUUCAAGGUCAAACCAAUGGCAAAGCAAGCUACUGAUACUCCACCAUCUCUAGAAAAUCAGGCAAGUGUUGUUGACAAGUCUGACCCUGUCUCUAUGGCAACAACUGGUGCUGGGGAAAGUCAAAAAUAUGUUCAACAUGAUCAAAUAGCCUCUAAUCAAUCACCACCUUCCAACCCACAACAGGCAGAAGGAUCAGAUUUAUAUGUUGAAGUUCAAGAGUCAGCUACUGGGGUUGAACAUUUAGAUGUCAAAGAUCCAGAUCCAAAAGACACAUUACAAGAUAAUACUAGGUCAAGAGAGAAGCAGCAAGAGCCAGAUACAGAUAAACCAAGUGCAGCAGAUGUUCAACAAGGUGAAGCGUCACGUCCCGAACCAAUGGAGGAACAUUCCAAACCCAGUAAACUAACAGAGGAAGAAGACACAAAGACUAAUAAACCAGAAGCUAAAGAAAGUCAGAGUCGAGAACAGGUUAAUUUGGUCGGUUCAGAAACAACUCACAAUAUUGAACAUGAUGCAAUGGACACAUCUGAUCUUCCAAGGAACAAUAAAUUAUGUGUUGUCAACAUGGAUGAUGGAAACGAUGAAAGAAAACAGGAAACACUAAUGCAAGUUGAUCCUUGUAGAAAUAUAGAUGACGCAAAUGCAACAGCUAACAUAAAUAAUAAUAACUAUGUGUCAUCAGAUGUUUCCCAAGGGGGAGAUUCGGUACAACACUCACUUAUUUUCGAAGAAAAUGGUUCAGCUGAAGUUGGGCAUGAAAAAGCAGGAAAUGCUACAACUGAAAGUCAGUUGGAAAAGUCUAUAAAGGAUAUAAACAUUACUAAUGAUGAAACAACGAACAAGGCUUCAAAUGGUGAAACAUUAAAAAACGAUUUAUCAGAUAAGGAUGGAAAUGGCUCUGAAGAUGACUCUGCUGAUUCAGACAGUAGUGAAUCAGAGGUUAAUGAUGAUGACAAAGAAGAGACGAAAUAUGGUGGAAAGAGAUCUAAAAAGAACCAUAAGGGAGGGACUAAAGCAAAAAAGGCUAAAAAGAGGGAAAGGAAGAAAGAAAAACAGAGAGAAAAGCAACAGAGUUUGCAUUCUGAUCCCAAGGAAGAAGAUGAUAAAUCUGAAAGCAUAACAAAGUCAAGGACAAUUGAAGAGAAACAGAAGUCAGGACAAGUUGAUAUGAAUUCUAAAGAAAACUCUUUAAAUCAACAAGAUAAAGGCACUCCAGAACAGGAAGGAUUUGUUUUUGGGCAACGUAAAAUGAAGUCUGACAGCGAGAAGGGAUUUGAAUCAUCAGAGCGGACUACAUCUAGUUUAUUUCCAGACAAUACAUACAGCAGAAAUUCUGCAGAGCAGAACAAUCUGGGCAGUUCUGCCAGUGAGAAGGUUGGAAAUCCUGACAAAACUUAUAAUACUAGAAGCAAUGAUGCAGCGUUCAAAUCAACUUCUUCGUCGGCAAACACACAGACAGGUGUGAACACUUCCUCACAUGAAAAGUCCAAAACAAAAGAUAAGAACAAUCAGGGCAACAAGGAUCAGAAAACUAAGCAACAGAUAGUUAUUGUUUUCCAUGUGUUAGUGGCAAAGGACUGUUUUACCAGUGGAAAGGACUUGCUGAUUUUAAAAAUGCCAGACAAAUCUGGAAGGUGGGAUUCCAAUCAGCACCAACUCAGUUCUGUGAACAAGGUGUUCAACGAUUACAUCGAGUAUGAAUAUCGGAUGACCUUUGACCGUAACCUGCUUUGUACAAGAAGCACAGAAUACAAAUAUUGUGUGCUAAGAGAAGAUGGGAAGUACAAGUAUGAGCAUUAUGAAGAUGGCCAGUACCAAGGAAACCAUAAUAGAAGACUUUUUGUGGAUAAACACUUGAUUGUAAAAAAGGAUGAAUGGCAUCAGUAUGAUGGGAUGGUACUUCCAAGACCAAAGGAUAGUCUUCUACGACGAGGAUUCGAUUAUUUCAGGGGUACUGGAAAGAAAGAAACUGAAAAAAGGGCUUAUGAAUUUGCUGUUGCAUUUGUCCCUUACUGGUUUCAACCUUCAUUUCAUUUAGAAGACUUGAAAGAAAAUUUUCAGACAUCACUAGAUCACUUGGACAUGCUGAUAACCGGUCUAAGAAAGGUCUACCAACGAGAUGCUAAGUGCUGGGGUGGAAUUGAACAGUAUAAAUACCAGCUGUGUGGAUACUUGUUUCAUCCUCUGAUUGAACAGCUGUCUAGUGAAAAGUAUGGUUCAAAGUCGAUUAGGUUUGUUAGAGCUCUGGCAAUAAUCAUUGCCUGCAACAGACUUCAAGUCGGCUUGGACCAGAGGGCAUGUCAGAUUCUUUGUUCAAAUCUGAUGGUAACACCAGAUCCGACAAACAAGACAUAUGCUGAAGUGCAUGAAAUAAGGAACUUUCCUGACAUUAGUGUCUUGAUACCAGCCCUCAUCAGUAUCAUAAAGAAUGUUGUGAUUUUUGACAAAGAUCCCUCCUGGAUGUUUUGCUUGCCAUUGCUGCAUUUUGCUUCCAAACUGUGUGAACCGUUUGAGGAAAUGGGGGCAGAUUUGUCACAUGCAGCAAAGAAACCAAAGUGGUGGGGAACUGAAGAUAUUGAAUCUGAAGUGACAGCAUUUCAGAAGAACACUUACAAAUGGGCACUGCAAUUGGAAUACAUGUUUCAAAGGCUUGGACCACUUUUUGAAAUGGACUUCUACCUGCCUAGGAGUAUAGUUGCAUCACUGACUGUUGAGGAAAUUUAUUUUGUAAUUAAUUAUGAAGGUAUUCCAGUGGAGGUCUGUUGUGCAACCCUACUUCAUUGGAUGAAAGCUUCAAAUCCUGACAAUAACCGAAAUUAUGCAUACAGUUACUUGGAGGAAGAAGGAUCAGGUAGAGAACAGAUGGUGACACAAUGCUUGGCAAAACUUCUGAAACGUCUCCAAACAAUGAACGAUUCUACACAAAAUCUCAGGCAACAAACAAGUUUGGAAAUGGCUCUCUGCAUAGCAAAACAACUGGUUGAAAAUGCUGCAUCAAAAAAUAGAACCCUGAAGCUGAUGUACUCUGUGCACAUUUUCCUACAGUGUGUAUCAUCUUACAGCAAACUUGGAAUCAAAGGCAGUAAGACUGAAAGUGACGUAAAGAAUGCCAUUGAAACUGUUGGAAACAAGGUUCUCAAUUGGCUUCAAAGCUAUGCCAAUUCUUCCUGGAAUAUGAAAAUGCUGAAGAACCUGAAGGUUUGGGAAAGUGCCAUUACAGAAAAACUGAGUUGUGAUGACAUAGCCUCCCAGUGGAAUGAGCGAAUCAUGAGUUCUUUGCAAUUGAGCAUUGAGAACGAACUUAGCACAUACAGUCAUCGGAAGAAGGAGUUCAUACAUAUCUACUGCGCUGAAGUUGAAAAGUUUAACACGACAAUGAAAGGAUGUCUUACCAACAUUGCUAUGAAGGCCAUAGAUGGUGGAUAUAUGAUUGAAUACUGGCACCUGGGCUUGACAGAAAAGGAAAGGUUUCGAUAUCUCCUCUCCGACUUGUUUCGACGACAGUGGCAAACUCACGUCACCAAUGGACCACAAGAAGAAGAAUUCAUGCGUAUUUUCAAGAUGGCUAUAUCUUGGCCUCCCAUUCAACUUUUUGUUCGAAACCUAACUGAAAAUACUGGUAUAUCAUUGCUGAUGGACGAUUGUAAGGAAAAUCUCCUGAUUGCAACAUCGAUGCUUGAAAGUCACUUGGAUACACUAGAAACCGGGAAAAUUGAAAUCGGCAUUUUACAAGUGAUCAGUGGUCAUUCCGAAGGAUUCUCGGAAACACUUUCUCUAAUCCGACCAAAGGAGAGUGGAUUGAAGGACAAAGUGUUAUUGACUAUCAAGAUUCGAAUGCUUGAACUAGAAGCGUUCAAGAACCAAAGUAGACAGAUGACAGUGUUUGUGAAUCUUUGUCAGCAUUUGGAAUCAGUUGAUACCAGAGCCAUUGAUGAAGUUCUGCAGAAAACUUCUAAGCUGGAAAAGCAUUCACUGGUGGAAUUCUGUGAACCAAUCAUAGUGAAAGACUUGGAUAAAACCAGUAAACCAGAUCUAAGAGCAUUCAAUGUUGAAUCUGAUGUUUUGGAUAUUCUACCAAAACUUGAAGGCUUGACUGAAGGACAGGUGUUCAAAAAGAUAUGGAAAGACACCUGUUCGGGUACAACAGGUGGUUGUAAGACUCCUCUUGAUGUUAUCAAUGUGGUGUGGAAGCCUGCUUUUAAAAGAUGGAAAGAAUUCUGCGAACAACUGAAGACAGGAGAAUUGAUGUUUGAAGAUGCAGAAAGAAUGUUUGGGAUUUUCAAAAAUGACGAUGACAGACUUUUGUGGGAAAUGAUGCAUUUGGAGAUACCGAGCAAAACAGCUAAUGAAAGGAUCAAACAAAUAAAGCAGAACAGGCAGCUGUCUGAUUGUGUCACAGGCGCAAAAGUUAUUUUGAAAUUUCAGCAACAGUACCGGCUACAGGGAGAUUAUCAGGCUAUCAAGACUAUUGUCUCACAUUCUGAAAGAAACUUCAAACUUCGAGAAUUUGACAAACAUUUGAUGAAAACCUGCGAGAUUUUAAAGGAAAUCACAAAAAAGCAAUCAAAUUGCCUGGAUGCUUUUGUUAAGUCUGCUAAUCUUGUUAAAUGGCUGAAGGAAUCCAUGCAAACAUCGGGUCAAAAAGAGUUGAAAGUGUUUGUUGACCUUGCGAUGAUGUCUGCUGGGGAAGAACCAUUGAAUAUUGCCAAAGUCCAGUGCUUGCAUUCAGCCGUUCUUGGAUACUCUCCCCUCAUAUUUGAUUUGGAUGAGACAGAUUGUAACUACAUACGUCUUUUGGACAUGUGUAAAGUGGUCUGGAAGGAACUUGCUGCAAAUCCAAAUUUGCCAAAACAGCUUCUGGAUACAAACCGUGAGAUAGAAUGGCUGAAGGAUAUCAAGAAAGCGCACGGUUCGGUCGAAGUGACUUCUCUCAUGCAAGCUGAGGCCAUCAAUACAGAUGGUAUUUACACGGUGGGGAAAGGAGCAUGGAAAGGUUCAGAGUUGUCCGACAUGAUGGUUAAAGAUAUGAUAAAGCUCACAGUGCCUGGAAAAGAUGGCCAGCGUCAUCAGAAGCACUAUACAUUUGACCAGCUCCAGGAUUUACAGAGCCGAUUGAUGCUUGUUGCUGGCAAAUCUGACUCAUCCACCGUCAAGUCCACGGACAAAAAGAGUGAAGUUAAUGUUGACAGGUUUACAAUGAUCUUUGACAGCAUAACACGUUUGGGCUCUGUUUAUCUGAAACUGUGCUCAUCUGGAUGUGUACUGUUUAACGGCUGGAAUGCAAACUUCAUCUGUUCCUUGGUACAAGAAAGACCAGUGUGUGCGACACUGGAAUUCGGGAAGGGAGAAGAUAUUCCAAAACUGAAAGGUCGGAAGUCUGAUACAGAAGGGCUUGAAGAUAUGGUUCCAAAGAUUGCUGACUUUAUGGAGAAGUGUUAUGGUGAAUGGCUUGAUUUCAUCAAACAGAAGAGGAAGGAUUAUCUUUACCUGAACUUCUUCACAAUAGAUCAGCUUGUGAUUCUGCAACGAGAGCUCGUAAAAAUGGGGACAGACGAGGAACCAUCACUGAGAAUUUACCACCUCUUGUCUGCUGUGAAAGAAAACUGCAUGCAAGACGAUGUAGUACUGGCCAUGGAGAAAGCCAAAAAGGAGUUAUCUGUGAUUGAAGAAGAACCUGGAGAGACCUCUGUUGAAAUUGAUGAUGAAGAAGAAGAAAUAGGUGACCAAGCGGAGGAGAAGAUUGCUCUAUUUAUUCAUGAGUUGAUGGAGGCUGGCUGUGAUGAAGUAGUGGCCAGGCAAUCUGUUGGUCAUGUGAAACAGGAAGAUAUUGACGAUUGUGAUGUGACUGAAGCCAUGCUCUGGUGCAUGGACCAGACAGGGGAAGAAAAUGAAGAUGCUGAGAUGAAUCAAGACGAUGUAGAAGGGACAGAAGAUAUUGGUCCUAGGUUUUCUGGGUGGAGCCAAUCCACGACAUCAAUCAGCUCACUUAUCAAGCAAUCUGUGACCAGUGUUGGACACAAAGGGAAUAUCGGUGUGAAACCUCUGAUAAAUGAUCUCAAAGAAUUGUGGAUAAACUUCCUUGGCUCGAUCUCAUCGAACAUCAGUGAUUAUUUAAGUCUUGAACAUUUAGGAAUCAUCCUCAAUGUGCUUGCAAAGACAGUUACAGAUGAGCGAAAUAUCAGGAGAAACAUGCCGCCAGUAUAUGUGGAAGAGGAACCAAACCUCGUGGUUUGUCCAAGUGAUGAAGUUCUUAGUGUCGCACUGUCAAUCUACAUGUACGAUCCUGACCAACCCCUGCCGCAGUCGGAUGAAGUCCUCGUGUGUACUUCAGAUACAACUGCUGAUGAGGUGUGCAUAUUUUGGCGAAGGGCGAUAUAUGACAACACUGGUAAAAUUCACUGCCUCCUCCACGCAGACCUGCUGGAUUUUGACGUCAGCGAAACAGCAGAACAGUGCCUUGAAGAACUAUUGUUGGACAUUAGGCACUAUGAUGAUAUCAAAUACCGCCUGUUUGUGAUAUGCGGAUCAGACAAUGAAUAUCGUUCAACGAUUGUAUCAUCUUUGGAGAAGUAUGUGCGUCAAGUUGGCCCGGUCAAUGGACUCCAAUUGAAGAAAUACGUGACUCGUCAUCUGGAGGCUCCGGUGUUCCCUGGCAAAUCAUAUGCAGCAAUGGUUGAUUUCAAAAGAUCAACAGUACGUGUAAUAAAAUCAACAAGAGCUGGUGUUGGGAAAACAUUGUUUGUGCACCGAAAAGAUGAGGCAGUUCAAGCGCAAAUACAUCGUAAAAACAAGUCAAUUGACACGCAAAAAGUGUCAAUACCACUGCAAGAAAAAGUAAUCAACUUGCAUAGUUUCAUACAGAGACUUUUGGAGCAUACGCCCGACCCACGCAAACAGUCCGCACGAAUAUUCCAUCUGAAUAUGAACCAUGAGGUCCAGGAAGGUGUGGACUACCUGUUGUUCAACUUGCUGAUACUCAACUGUUUGGUGGACAGGUCGGGAUACGUCUGGCGGAGAUCCGAGCAUGAUUUGUAUCUCAUAGAAGCAAUGCCGAUUAUGGUUCAAGCAACAGAUGCAAAUGAAGAGGCACGCUUCGUACAUCCGGUGUUCACAUUAUUUCCGGAUUCAACCUGUCGCUCUCCUGAUGAAAGCCUGCAAAUAUAUUCUGACAGAAAUUCUGUCCAUGAUUUUAUGCCGACUGACCAAUUAUUCGAUGAACAGCAGUUUCGGAGUCCUGUAUUCCAGCGAACAUUCCAGUACCUGUUAAGGCUUGAUCAGCGGCAAACACUGGAAUCUGUCAGACCAUCUGAGCCGGAAGGCGAUCCUAAAAACUGCCUGGAUGUCCUGCUAAGGCAUUGCGGGGUGCGGGACCCGUCCUGGUCGGAGUUGCAUCACUUUGUCUGGUUCCUGAACACCCAGCUGGUGGACUUUGAACAGAACCAGUUUGUUUCUGUUGCUGCAGCCGAGGACCUUCCUGGAUUUGCAACAUUUGUCUUGAGGUUUCUGAUUCAGAUGUCUCGGGACUUUUCCACACGAUCAUUGAACAUGAGUGAGGAAUCCCCAGGAAUGAUUCCUCAAGGUGCCAUGGAAGCUGAGGAUGAAGAUCAGCUGGAGCUAUAUCAAAUGCGUCGAACUUGGGAGUCUAGCCCUCAUCCAUACUUGUUCUUCAAUUCGGACCGUUUCUCUUUCACGUUCCUUGGGUUCUAUAUCGACCGGAACACUGGCAACCUUGUUGACCAACAAACAAACCGCAUACUGGAGCAGGGGAUCAUGGGCCAGAACCUGUACGAUUCCUUGGUACGAAAUCAAGCACCAAUCAGGGAAGACUUUGAUGCAUUGCCAAGAGACCAGAAAAUCAUGAAGCUGUGCAGCAUUAUGGGCGUAGAUUUUCCUCAUGACCCGGAUUCCACGUACGAACUGACCACGGACAAUGUGAAAAAAAUCAUGGCAAUCUUUAUGAGAUUCAGAUGUGACAUCCCUGUGAUAAUCAUGGGUGAGACAGGUUGUGGGAAAACACGCCUCAUCAAGUUUAUGUGUGAACUACAGUCACCGCCAGGUGUAGAUGUAAAGAACAUGAUACUCAUGAAGGUGCAUGGAGGUACAACAAAUGCAGAUAUUAAACGAAAGGUGAACGACGCGGAGAUCGCUGCAAGAGUGAAUAUUGAAAAAUAUGGCCGCCAUAUGUACACAGUAUUGUUUUUUGACGAGGCUAACACAACGGAAGCUAUCGGACUUAUCAAGGAAAUCAUGUGUGACAAAUCGAUUGCAGGAAAGCGUCUGACUCUAUGUGAAAAUUUGAAAAUUGUGGCUGCAUGCAAUCCUUACAGAAAGCAUUCCGAUGAACUGAUAAGAAAGUUGGAGCAAGCUGGCCUUGGAUAUCAUGUUGAUGCAGAUGAGACGACUGACAGACUAGGGCGUGUACCGAUGAGGAGACUUGUGUAUCGUGUGCAACCACUCCCACAAAGUUUACUGCCCCUGGUCUGGGACUUCGGACAACUCAACACACAGAUCGAGGAAUUGUACAUCAGGCAGAUGGUCCGGAGAUACAUAAAUGAUGACAGACUUCCAAACAUUCCAAACUUGAUCGAGGUCGUCAGCCGCGUUUUGACAGUGUCUCAAGACUAUAUGAGGGCGCAAAGGGAUGAGUGCAGUUUUGUGUCACUGCGGGACGUAGAGAGAGUAUUGACAGUGAUGGCGUGGUUCUAUGAUCAGGGUAAGGAUAGGGGCUGGCUGUUCGGGGAAAUGGACAGGAAGGUGGUCGGGGUUGAAGAACGCCAACAGGAUGACAGUGAUGAGGAGGAAGAAAAUGAGGAGAUAUAUAUAGUGCAGGGACUUAAUAAUAUCACGAGAGCUCUCAUCCUGGCCAUUGGUGUGUGUUACCAUGCCUGCUUGAAAACGAGACAACAGUACAGACAGGCUGUUGCAGGGCAUUUCCGCCAGCCAUGCAACCUACAGGGCGGAGAAGCUCAGAUAUUGGACGAAAUUGAACGAUGCCAGGAGAUUUUUUUGGACAAUGUGUCUUUGGAGGACAACAUUGCACGAAAUACUGCUCUGAAGGAGAAUGUCUUCAUGAUGGUUGUUUGUAUCGAGCUCAGAAUACCCCUGUUUCUUGUCGGGAAACCUGGAAGUUCAAAGUCAUUGGCAAAGACGAUAGUCUCAGAUGCCAUGCAAGGGAACAGCGCUAAACAUGAUUUGUUCAAAUUGCUAAAGCAGGUUCAGAUGGUAUCGUUCCAAUGUAGCCCUCUGUCGACCCCAGAUGGCAUUGUUGGAACGUUUCGACAAUGCGCGCAGUUCCAGAAGGAUAAAGAUCUGCAGACAUUUGUGUCAGCUGUUGUUUUGGAUGAGGUUGGGCUUGCUGAGGAUAGCCCAAGAAUGCCAUUGAAGACACUCCACCCACUUCUUGAAGACGGUUGCCAGGGAGAUGAGGAUCCAGAACCAUUUAUGAAGGUUGCCUUCAUUGGGAUAUCUAACUGGGCAUUAGAUCCAGCCAAAAUGAACCGUGGAAUUCUCGUCCAGCGAGAGGUCCCAGACCUGGAGGAACUCCAGAACAGUGCUCGUGGUAUCUGCGGGAGUUCUGAAGACUUAGGACACUUGAUGGAGCCUUUGAUAGAACCUUUGUCGAUAUCUUACCUUGAAGUGUUUGCACAGGCAACACAGGAAAUGAGAGAGUUUUUUGGAUUAAGGGACUUCUAUAGCUUGGUAAAAAUGGUGUACAGCUUUGUAGAGAAUUCUCACCAGCCACCAACAUGGUAUGAAAUGCUGCAUGCUAUACGACGCAAUUUCGGUGGAUUGGAACAAGUAAAACCAGAGGAACUCUUCAGAAAGAAUUUGACACGCGUGCUUACAUGCACGACGGGGAGACGCAGAACAAGAGACCCCGACUGUUCACCUGAUGGUCUUAUUCGGGCCUGUUUAUUCGACACGCACAAAACAAAAAGUGAAAGUCGAUACAUGCUUCUGCUGACCGAAAACUUUGGAGCGCUGUCUAUCAUCCAGCAGCUCCUCCAAACUAAGGGCAAUGAGAUACGACCAAUCACAAUCUUUGGGAGCAGUUUCAGGAGUGAUCAAGAAUAUACACAGGUGUGUAGAAACAUCAACAAGAUCAAGGUCUGUAUGGAAACGGGGAACACCGUUGUUCUGCUCAACCUUGACAACCUAUACGAGAGUUUGUAUGAUGCCCUCAACCAGUACUAUGUCUACUUUGGCGGUGAGAGAUACGUCGACCUUGGACUCGGGACACACAGAGUAAAGUGUCCUGUUCAUAGAAACUUCAGGCUGAUCGUGGUUGCUGAAAAACAGACGGUGUACAAAAAAUUCCCGAUCCCGUUAAUAAACCGCCUGGAAAAGCAUUUCCUUACAGUGAACACCAUUUUGAAUGACAUACAGCAACAGCUUGUUUUAGAGCUGGAAGAGUGGGCCAACGACUUCGCCAGUCAGAAUGAUGGCAACAGUUUCAAUCGAAGAAGCUCCAACCGUGUAAUGAAAGUAGAAGACGUUUUCAUUGGUUUCCACAAGGAUACAUGUUCAGCUAUUAUACUUGAUGUGUCACAAAAAUACCCAGAUAAAGAAGGAGACGAGCUUUUAGAAGCCGGCAAACUGCUGCUACUUUGGUGUGCAACUCCGGAGAGUGUAGUCCGAAGAAACAAAUUGGACAAACGUCAACAACAGAGGUUUCAGACAUACUACCAUGAACGACAAGCACAUGGGAGCCUGAUUUCAUACCUACAAAUGAAGCUGAAGCAAGAGAAAGUUGAACAAAUAUUUGCACAGGUGACAACUCACAACAAGCUACUUGCGUCAGUUCAUAAGCAAGAUAUCAGCUUAGAACUUGGCAUAGAUGUUGACAGAAUAAUCCUUCUGGAGACUCUUUCCUCCUUUGAUACAGAGCAACAGUUUACAAACAGAGUUCAGCAACACUUGCAGACAGCCGGAACUGGCGAGAGCUUAAUGUUGGUUCAAUGUGAUUCCGGUGAUGUUCAUUCAAACCUGAUCGCUUGUGCCCGUUACAUUGUUAUGGCUGAAUAUGAAAAAGCACGAGAAAUUUUACAAGCUCCAGUGCAUGUCAUCUUCAUUCUACAGUUACCUCGAAAGGCGGGUGGAUGCUUCACAGGAUUUCAGUGCGGCCGUUGGCAUUCAGUCCACAUAGAUGAUUUAUGGCCGGAGAAUACCCAGAUGCCGGAUAUCCAAGACCUGCAGGGGAAAACUGUCAGCGGCAUCUUCCACAGCGUGGUCAGGAAACAUAGUCCACCUAGUGACAUAGAGGAGGGACAAGGAGAAGAAAUGGAUUGGACUGAAAAUGGAGGAAAUGGCAGGCAACAAAAGUAUCUAGAUCCGCAUACGGUUGACGGAGUAAAUGAAGAAGUGGAUAUGAUGGACAUAGAUGCCGAAUUUAACACACCAAUUCCGGAUGUGCAAAAAGACCUGGCUGAACAUCAAAGACAACCAGUUUUGAAGCUUGAUGGGCUAAUCAUGCAGUGUGUUCAGUCGGCCCUUGCGAUGGUCAAAGACAAGGAGGGUUAUACACACAGAGAAACAGAGAGAGUCGAUAUCGUAUUGAAAUGUUUAAGACAUGACAAUAAAUCAGAACAGGGGGCAGACACUUUCUUAACAGGGUUACAAAUACUUAUUGGACAAUUGUUGAAGGAGAAAGAGAAGACGACAGAAGGAGACGACAUUGCUCGUUUGUGGAUGACACGUGAGGCUGCAGCAGCCGAAAGCAUUAACAAGGCUGGCACAUUUAGGCGGUCUUGUCUGCAGACUAUUAUCUCAAAAGUGUCCCCGAUCCUGGCUGGAAUCAUUGCAUACCUCGAUACCAACAGGAAUCUUGACCUCAUUCACAGUGAUGUAGGUUGGAAACAGAUACUGUGGAAAUCGGUCCUCAAUACUGAAGGAGCUGUUCAACUACAGUACUCAGAUCUCCAAUCUCCAAAGAGACGCAGUGACCUUGGUGAGAUGCUUGUUAUGACGACCGGUCGUGAAGGUCACAUGUUCUCCGCAUGUCUGCCCUUCUCCUGGACGAUGAUCCAGAUGAUUGCGGAAAUACUACGUAACAUUUUACCCUCUGAUGAAGAAUUAGAGGAUGAACAAAGCAGAAUAGUGGAUGAACAAAACCGGAAAGUAGUACUAUGUUCAAAGAUAGUUGCUGCAAGGCCGAUAGGAAAGAUAUUGAAUCAACUGGUGGAUGGUAUCCAGGAAGGAAGUGCAGAACAGAAGCAUGCCAUUGUUUUGGAAAUCAUAGAUGAGUACAUACAGGACUUCGUGCAUACGAUGUAUUAUCAUGGACAAGAUGAUGAAUUCAAGCUUGUGUGUCAGACAGUGUAUUACAAGACAGUGGAAAUAUGUGAGACUUCAAAUUCUAAGGGAUGCUUGAUUGAAAAUCUUACUUGUGUACACAUUGCAUACGAGAGUCUCGCACUGAGACUUGCCUACUUCAGAAGUAUGAAUGGAGUAUGGCCACAGUGUAGCUCGGCCAUACUGGAGGUCAAGAAAACCAACCCGGAUCAUUUCAUGUUCAAGGAACGAGAGUUUACAUUCUCUGCGUUGUGUCUGUUGAUUGAGAAUUUAAACCCAAAACCUCAAGAAUUAAAUGAAGAAGUACAGAGAGGGAAAUGGCUUCAUAAAGUCCAUUUGUAUAGACCUGUGGUCGAGAAAGUGCUCAAUCUUCAUUCAGAAGACCCGGCUCUGUAUGGAAUUCACAGUGAACCAUCUGUACGAAAGGCCAAAUCAACCUGGGGUCGUGUGAUCGUAAUGAAGCUUUUUAUCGAGCAUGUGUGCAUCAAGGAUGAAAGAGAAGCAAUCACCAUCAAAUAUUGUAUGCCACUUUGGAAGAUACUGGGAGAAGAAGUUGACAUGAAAGAACAAAAAUCCUUAGAAGGCGUUGAGAAAUUUUUAAAAGCGUGCAACCAAAAUGCAUUGAAGACAUUUAAUGGAGCGGAGAUUAAAUGCUGUAGAUGUGAACAGAAGCUAGAAGGCCCGCCAGUUACCUUACCUUGCAAGAACAAAGAUGUACUUUGUGAUGCCUGCCUUCGAGAAAUGAAAGCUCUCGACCAUGAUGUGUGCCCUAAAUGUCACGAAAAUUUAGGGCAAGAGUGGCAACCGUUACAUAUGAAAGAGAAAAGCAAAGAAAGAGGGCAGCUCAUCCAAUACCAGAAGAGGUGUAACACCUUCUUCAUGGAUGUUGUCGCUCAACUCUGUUUUUCUGACGGACAACCACCGUCACGCAAUGUGUUGGACAAGUUGCUUGGAUACGUCACCUGCUCGGCAAGAGAUAGUCCUCUGCGGUUUACAAAGAACAUGACUAUUUUUGAGACGGGACUGGACCCUAACCCAGUCUUUAGAUCAUUCCUUCUACAGUUGAUGCUGAAAUCUAGUGAAGAAGAGUUUGUGAAUGAAAGCCUGAAAAUAUACAUCAAGCAGGCUCAAAUUUUUUUCCGAAAAGAACCAACCGUACAACAGAAUCUGGUUGACCUUAGUCUACUAAUUAUUCAGUGUUUAGAGGAUACAAUGCUUCAAAAAUGGCUCGGACAACACAUGCAUAGUUGGUCUUAUGUUAUCCAUCUUCUGGAAACUGCUGGCGACAGCCUUGUUGACAAUCAACUUACGAUCGAGAAACUGUAUAGUAUCGCCAGAACACGUGUUGGCCUUUCCCAAGCUGCGAGAGUGAUUGCCGACAUUGUGAACGCAGGAACUGAGCUUCAGACACUUACCAAUGAACAGCGAAAUGUGAUUGACUCUGCGAAACAACUUUGCACAGCUUCUCAGUUGAAGUGGCCAAAGAUAUUUCUUGCGAAGCACCUGUGUCGCUACUACGGUAUUGACGUUUACCAGUCCAUAUGUCGACAUCGUACCACGCUGCUGAGGUGGAUCGUGAUUGAGGAGUUGGAAAGAGAUCAGACGCAAGAGGUGUCAGACCGCUAUGUUGUGUGUGGAGAUGGCUAUGUUGAGAUCAGGGAGGCACUGUCACAAGUUAUCCUGGGAGAGGACAUCGGCAUCCUGGAAGAUCAACUACAGGAGCUGCGCACCACAGGAGGUCGUGUCGAUACAUAUCUACAGCUAGCUGUACAUAGAGAGAUAUCAUGCUCAUAUGUCCGUUCAAUAGAGAAAAGAACGGCCACUCCAAAGUCACUCCAAAAGAUCGCAACGUUUCUUGAAGCAACGCAAAGUCAACGAAAUAAGCCAAUAUUACGCCUCAUGAUGAGUAAUGAACUUGAACCCCGACACUUGGUGACAGUUCAAGGAUCUGAUACAAGACGACAAGGCCUUCAAUGUUUGAUCGUACAUUUUAUGACGGUGUUGUCACAACUGAAUGGAGCCAGAACCCUUCUUCAUCUGCUUCUUGCAAUGAGUAAAGGGGAUCAGUCUAUACGGGGUAUGUUUCUGCCGACAAUGCCACAAGAUGAUUUUGCUGAAAUCCAGGAAGUUAUAAUGGCCAAUCCUGGAGGAGAAAAUCCAGUAUUUUAUCGUUGUCCAAAUGGACACCCGUAUGUGAUUGGAAAUUGCGGGAGACCAUAUCAAGUUGCAAAAUGUAAAGAUUGCGGUGCUGAUAUCGGCGGUCAAGGUCACGUGGCUUUACCAGGGAAUGCUGUACAUGCCGGUGGAGACAACACAAUGCAUGGCCACAUUUUGGGUCGGGCGGUACCCAAUGCACCCCUACGACCAGAGAGGGAGCUGUCAGCUCUACACUGCUGUGUGAUCCGAUUGUUGCUACACAUGUCCAUGCUCAUCGGUCCUCCUCAACACAUGGUUCCGAUUGUCCGCCCGGACAUUGAGGAAGACAAAAUCCGGCAUUUCUUUUGGGAGCACAUUGAAACCAGCAUCGGUGACCUACAGCGAGCUCUAAAUAGGAGUGUAGAUGACGUCCUACUGCUCAUGCAUUGUGUCAUCCAGAAUAUCAUGGUCAAACAUAAUGAAGAAACCACUGUUGGCGGACACAUCACUCACCUUCAAACCAAACAAGGGAGACAAGCAUGGGAAAAACAGUUUGCUGCGGUUUACUUGCAGGAUGUUUUUCAGGGACUUGAUCACCACCUGAAGCGUUUCAACCAAGUUAUUGCUACUGAUCAGAGACUAGGUUCCAAUCCCUUGAUGUGCAUUCUAUAUGAGACGGAUACACAGCAGCAGGCCGAGGAUCCCCAGCAGCUGGAGGACAUUCCACGUGUAUGGCGAUACAGAACGCCGAUAUCCAUAGAGCAUAUGAGACAAGACCUUGAAACUAGGAGUUCGUCAGGAAAGGACAGACUUUUAGUGCUGAGAUUGUUCUUGAAACAGGACCACAUUCUUCAGGCAAUACAAUACAUUCCAAGCAUUCUAAGUCUGCAGAGGAUAUUGCUGCAGAAAUUCCAAAAGAAACUUGACAAAGCUGAAGCAAACACAAUCCUUAUGAAAGACAUGAUAAAAGAGCAACAUGCCGGACCUGACACUGAAAAAUGGUUGCAAGACUUUGCUCAAGCUUGGAAUAUAACUCGCAAGCUACUUGAACUCUACGUCUGUACAACAGAAUUUGGAAGUAUUGUGGUUCCAAAGCAUCAGUGUGUUGAGCCAGUUUCCAUGAAAACGCCUUUGUCAGUUUUCCUCCCAGCAAGCACUGAAAAUGGACUUUGCUCAUAUGCAAUGCUAGAUUUGUUAUUCAGAAAACAGAAUGAAUUCUUAGACAGCUAUAUGAAGGAAUCUGGGAGGAAGCGCAACUCAAUCCAGACAGUGGCUCCGAUGGAGGUAACGUCGGCCCACCUGAUCAGCUACAACAACGAGCAGGAUAUCCUACCCCUCGUCCUAGCCAACUGUCAGUACACUUUUGAGAUGGGUAAGGGUACAAAGAUAGAGUACGACUUUGCUGGGCUCGAACGUCAGAUCAUGGACAGGUUCCUCUUCUCAAAGUCCAGAAUAGACAUUGGAUAUUACUUGCAGAUUGACCAAAUGGUAUAUCGGACAGAGUUUACAAAUGCUGCAGUAUUCGAAAAGUUGGAAGAAAAAAUUCCACAGCAAACUUUGGGAUUAGCUGUAAAGACACAGAUAAGCGAAGAGAUAAAGAGACUACCAGACUUGUGCCGAUUUCUUGACAACCUCGACAUAGCCAUUAGUUUCCUCAAAACUGCAGGCGGACAGCAAUCAGAAAAUCUGAGCACCUUUAUGGUCGAGACACUGCAGAUGGAACAUGCAAUGACAAGUCAGAAGGCCCGACAGGCGUGUGAGUUCCAGCAUGCCAAGUCUCUGUGGUUACUGUUGUCAUACUUGAAGUCCAAGUUUAUGGUCGAACAUUUCACGUCAAAACAGGAAGUGUUUGAGACUCUUCUGGAGCCUUACCAUGACGAGCUGUCCGAAGAGCUGCAGAAAUCACUCGGUGGCUACAUGAAAACUCUGAGUGUUGAUAAGCUUUCUGGCAUUCUAGAAAUAUUGCACGAAUUCAUGCUCCUACGGAUUGCAAGACGAGAAAACACCAGUGACGAAGAUUACAUUGACAAUACGGAGAACAGGCUUGGUGAAGAGCUUUUAGCCUUUGUAGAAUUAAUGGAAACUACAUGCCUAGACACAGCAGUUUUGGUGGAAUUCCCACAGGAAAUACACUUCAAACAUAGCGUGUGUACAUGGAUUAUGGGAUAUACGACUCUUCGAAAGAAAAUGGGACGAAGGCGACACUGAUAAAGAGUUGUAUAUGAAACAUUAUAGAUCAAAGACAAACUUGUCUGUGCUUUAUGCGACUCUAAUAAAUGAAACCCCCUUUUAGAGGUACAAACUUUGCAAACUGCUACAUUUUCAUGGUUUUUGUAUACUAGAUAUCUUGUUCUUAAUGUACAUGCCAUAAUACUGUUUAACGAAAUGAUUAAUUUGAGACUGUUCAAAUAACUGAUAUAUUUGACCUUCAAUCCGUUUUGUGUUGUUUUGCAUUUCUAAAACUCUUUUAGUCUGUGCAUGGUGGUUGUUUCAUAUGUGUUAUGGUAUCAGUUGUUGUUUAUUUGUCAUUGAAUAUUGUUACUGAUUUGAAGGAUUCUAUUAGUUCUUGUGUUAUUGAGAUGUAUUUUCGUUUCUGUCCUCAGCAAAAACUUGAAUUCAAAGCUUUGAAUGUGAUGUUUGCUUUGGAGUAUUAAUUGAGGUUUAUUUUAUAGCAUUUUUUUGCGUUAAUCUAUAGAUGUUUAGUAUGCAUGAAAGUUGAACAUGUAUGUCUACAAUUUAUUUUAUGUUUUAUGUUUAUUUUUUUCAGUUACAAAACCCAUAAUGAUAUUGUACUGUAUAUACAUUCCUUAAUUUAUUUAUUAAUAGUAUGGUGUUCAUUACUACUGAAAUAUUUUUGUUCCAAAUAGUCCCAUUUAUUUAUCAUGUAUGUGAAUAAUACAGCUUAACGUGUUAUAACUCUCACUGGACCAAAGCAUAGUUUUUCCAAGAAACUCUAUUUCUUAUUUUAGUUUCAAUACUGAUCAUAUCAAAAACACAGUUUAAUGGUUUGUGCUUUGUUAUGUACAUGCAUUCUCAAACCGUGUUUUAAGUAUGCAUGUGCACGUGCACAAUAUAUGCACAUGUGCCUGCUAUUUACCAAUGACCUUAUUUCAAGGAUCAUGGUAAGCUUAUGACGAUAAGCUUUAUCUUAAUGACCAUAUGUCUAUAUGUGUGUGCUACUGUGAAAUUUAUUUGGUUUAUUUUUGUUACUGCUUAUUUUGUAUGAUUCUCCUGAUCUAAGUAGUAUGCGAUUAUUUGUGACAAUGUUCUUAUAGCUGUCAUUGUGUUUGUAUGACUACAAAAAGCAUUAUUCUAUAGAUGAAAGUUGUAUUAAGUGUAAUGUGUUUUUUUAUGAUUUAUGAUGUAUUUAAACAGUACUAGUGUUGAUGUUUUUAAGUCUGAAUAUGCAUGUUCUAUUAAUUUAUGUACAUAAUAUUAUUUUUGGCAAUAUGUGUAUCUGUGAUGUUUUAUGCAAUAUUGUUACCUUAGUCUUUUUAAAUAGUGUUUUGUUUCCUAUGUAGAAGAACAGCAUGCAAACAUGCUUUUCCUAUUAUAAAUAGUGGGAAUGGUAGUAAGAUUGUUGGCAAAAAUGAGACUGUUACUUGGACGAUUUGGGCACUUUGUGUUUAUAUUUAUCCUUACUUUUUUAAAAUGGAGAAUGUCGGCUGUAAACCCUCUGUAAGUCUACAUAACAGUAGUAUACAUAAUGUGUGUGUACAUUUAUUUGUUACGGCUCACUUACACCCUCUUGACAAUCAUGUCUGUUUUAUUCAUAUAAUACAAUAUGGUAAGUAUAAUAUGCUACUCUAUAUAUGUGCACAUUUAAUGUAUAUUUGUAUAAUGUUUAAUCAAUGCAUAAUUGCAUAUUUUAAUGAUUAAAUUACACACUUUAUUUACGUACCAAGGGAGUACCUUGUGUUUUACAUUGGACGGCGGCCCUUUAAAUAUGUUUAAACUAGUACAUGUAAUUAAACUAAUACUAAAUAUGUUAUGAUUUUUUAUGUUUCUUUCAUCUUAAUGUUGAUUAUUAAUAAUUUUGUUUGGACAGGUUAAGAAAUCACAUGAGCUUAAUUCAGUCAUAUAUCUCAUUGUGUGUGUACCACGUGAUAAAUAACGUCAAACAUGCUACGUCGGAAGGCAGCAUUUUCCUUCGGAUGGAGAUUAAAACAAAGAUAACUGUUCUUUUUCUUCCCUAUUUUAAAUGAGACAAAUGUCUCAAACUGUCACGUUGUAUAGACACACUGUACCUGCAGAUACAUUUAUUGUUAAUCUUUUAUCAAUAUAUUGAAUGAAGCCUUACUAUGAGUAGGUUUGUUUACCAUUCCGUAAGUGUGAACAAAUACUACUCAUGUACGUGAAAGUCAUCACAUACAUUCUGUUUGUGAUCUUGCUUCUAUAUAAGAUUGGUUUAGUUCUAUUAUGCUUUCUAAAUUCAGAAACAUUUUUUUUUGUAUUUUGUUAAUAUGCAUAUAUGUCUAAUUGAAUGCAUGCACAUGUAUGUGUGAUUUGUUUGUUUGGUUUCAGACGAAACUGUUUAUGGAUGCAAAAUGCUUGUUGUAUGUGUGAAUAAACCAUAUAUCAGACACA